GGUCAGGUCACAUUGGCAGUUGUCGAAUUUCAAGGCAUGGGAAAAAAAAAAAACAGAACACAUUUAGCUAUAUCUGAAACAUUUUUACAUCUAUUUUUUAUUUAAAUGUGUGAACAUUUAGAGGCAGUAUAGCUCUAACUAAUUCGCUUUUGUUAGUUGUUGUCAUUCCACUGUGUUGACUAGUUAAUGAGGUGGUUUAAUGCUACCUUUGUCCCCAAUAGGUUUAGCCCUGUCAUCUGUUCAGAUUUCCUCUGGCCCUCUUGGAUAGUCUGUAGGGUACGUUUCUAUUACAAUAGACAGAAAAGGUAAUACUGGUAAAACGUGCCCAACUGCAUGGUGACCUCUUUGGUUGAUAGAUGUCUGAAAUGUGUACAAAAGCGUAGUUAUGACAGGAAAGGUGAUUAAUUAGUGGAGAAUAAAAGGGUUGGGAGGAGAUUUAAAAAAAAAAAAAUCAGAAAACUUUAGCUGUUUCUUUGUCAGUGGGCCUGACUUAUCUGAUUACAUAAAUCAACAGCUCUAUUUGCCCACUUCCAACAUCUCCCCACAUUAUUCUCCUACUUUAGCCUUACAAUUUAUAUACCCAGAUCAAAGGCUGAGAGAAAACCCAGCCAGUGUUCUUUAACAUAAAGCCUUUAAGCUUAUGGAAAAAAACGACGAAAUUAAACUUGAGACAGUAACUCGAAAUUUCGACUUCGCUCUGGCUGCCAUCUUUUUUUCGGUGGCGGAAACAAGCUUCCGUGCCAUAACAGAAGCACGAUUUGAAUCACAAAAAGCCGGAUCCUUAAGCAUAUGGUCUGCCGCCUCAAUGUCCCAAAAUGCAGUUCGGCAGUCGUCAUCGUGUUGUUGCGGAAGUGCUGGAGGAUCGCCGUGUCCGUGUUUCUGCUCUCUCUGACAUCUGCAUUCAUUCUCCAGAGCAGAUAUUUCUCUCUGAUUUUCAUCAUUCACUGGAAGCUAUGGCAGCUCUGAAGUACGCAGGUAUGGACGAUACAGAUAGUGAGGAUGAGUUACCACCUGGAUGGGAGGAGAGAUCUACUAAAGAUGGUUGGGUCUACUAUGCAAAUCAUGAUGAGAUGAAGACACAGUGGGAACACCCCAAGACAGGAAAGAAGAAACGUUGUGCUGGAGACUUACCAUAUGGUUGGGAGCAGGAAACUGAUGAAAAAGGACAGAUAAUUUACAUUGAUCACAUUAACAAGCGGAGCACAUAUUUUGAUCCACGUCACGCAUUUACAGUGGAGGACGUGGUGGUGAAGCCGAAGCGGUACGAUGGAAACACUGCCGCUCUAGAGAUCCUGCAGGGUCGUGACCUCUCUGACAAGGUUGUCCUCAUUACUGGAGGCAAUGCGGGCAUUGGCUUUGAGACGGCCAGGUCUUUUGCUCUUCAUGGUGCCCAUGUGAUCCUGGCUUGUCGAAACCUGACCCGUGCCAACAAGGCGGUGAGCCUCAUUCAGGAAGAGUGGCACAAAGCGAGAGUUGAAGCAAUGAUGUGCAACCUGGCUUCUCUGCGCAGUGUCAGGGAAUUUGCUGAAUCUUUCAAAGCAAUGAAGCUGCCGCUGCACAUUCUGGUGUGUAACGCAGCAGUGUGCACUCAGCCCUAUAUGCUGACUGAAGACAACCUGGAGUCCACCUUCCAGAUCUGCCAUCUGGGUCACUUCCUGCUAGUGCAGUGUCUACAAGACGUGCUGCGUCGUUCAGCCCCAGCACGUGUCGUGGUGGUUUCCUCUGAGUCACACAGGUUCACAGACCUCCUAGACUCAUGUGGCAAAGUGGACCUGGCGCUGCUGUCCCCCUCAAAGAAGGACUAUUGGUCCAUGCUGGCUUACAACCGCGCCAAACUCUGCAACAUCCUCUUCAGCAACGAGCUCCACCGGCGGCUUUCGCCUUAUGGUGUCACCUCCAACGCAUUGCAUCCUGGGAACAUGAUGUACACCUCCAUACACCGGAGUUGGUGGCUGAUGACCUUUCUCUUCACGCUGGCCAGACCUUUCACAAAGUCUAUGCAACAAGGGGCGGCCACCACAGUGUACUGUGCGGUAGCACCGGAGCUGGAAGGGCUGGGCGGCAUGUACUUCAACAACUGCUUCCGCUGCCAGCCAUCUGCCCAGGCCCAGGAUCCGAGCAGUGCUGCCAGCCUGUGGGAGCUGAGCGAGCGCCUGGUUGCAGAGAGGUCAGUGGGCAUACAGGCCCUCUAAUGGACAGAAGACGAAGAGGAAGAGGAGGGCAACUAGCCAAAGAGGAAUCAGAAAGGAAACAGCUGAUGUUUCGUUAGGUGUGGACUAACUGUACUCUGACGGCACUAUGUAAGAGCUGCCAAACCAUGGAAGCCCAUCUGGAUAUGUCACAUCACUACAGCGUCUAAAACACUAAAUAUACAGCACAGGAGGGGAUUUCAUAUACAAUCUAUUGAAUUAGUUAAAGUUUAAGUGAAGUUAAGCUCUGCUGUAGUAUUUUAAAACCGGGAGUGGGGGAAAGGGGAAGAUCUGAGCCGAACCUGUCACAGUUUGUUCUUUGUCUGUUUGUCUCUGUAACCUUUUUAAGCUCUAAAGUCCUUUUUUUCCUCAAACGUCUACUUAAAUUAGUUGUAAACAAUGUAAACAAAAUGCAAAUGAGCUGUUUUGAUAACAAUACAAGGUUUAACUAUUAAGCA